AUGCUUCAGCGGCAAUCAGUUCAUUGGCGGAAGGCCAUCGCACUGAGACCUUUUGUAGUACCCGCAAGAUGCUUCUCAACCGAUAAACCUAGUCCGCCGCCAUGGCGGCCAGGCUCAACUCUUGAUGAAUGGGUUGAACGUGACGUACGACCGAUUAGCUUACGCCAGUUAACAUUCUUUGGUCGCGCGAUCACUGAGUCGCGCUUGAUCAGCUCUGCAAACUAUGUGCGAACGGAGCUUCCAACAAGAAUCGCCCAUCGCCUCCGGGACAUGCAGAAGCUUCCCUAUGUUGUUGUCACGAACCCACACCUCUCCCUCGUCUACGAGCUUUACUAUAAGGCCUUUGAGAAGUUUCGCAAUGUUCCCCAAAUCAAAACCUUAGAAGACAAUGACAAGUAUUGCGAUAUUCUACGGGCCACGCUCAAAGAGCAUCUGACAGUAAUACCGAAUCUUGCAAUGGGCGUAUUGGAGUGCCAGGAUCUCGUGAAACCGGAAGAGAUAGAUCGAUUUAUGAAUACAUUGUUGCGUGCAGUAAGUGGAAAUUACGUCAACACGAAUUUUCUUGUAAAUGGCGAGAACUUGCUAGAACUGAUGAUCUUCGGACAGCGAAUUUCACGUCGAGUUAUCGCAGAACAACAUCUUGCGCUUACUGAUACAUUCAAUGCCCCAUGGCAUUUCCCCGAUUCAAAGGAUAGGACAGACUUAAACGCGGACUUUGUGGGAGAAGUAUUUCUCAGGUGCAAUGCGAAAGAGGUGGUCGAAAACUGUGGCAACCGAGCAAGAGAUCUGCUGAAACACUCACUCGGACCUGAUUGUCAGGUCCCCGAUGUUGUUGUUCAAGGUCACCUGGAGGCUACAUUCCCUUACAUACUAAGCCACCUGGAAUAUAUCAUUGGGGAAUUGUUGCGAAAUUCCUUCCAAGCUAUCAUCGAAAGGUUCAGCCAUAAACCAGAAAAGCCCCCGCCUAUCGAAGUUUUGAUCUGCGAAUCUCCACAACACGUCAUCAUUCGUGUUUCCGAUCAAGGUGGAGGAAUUCCUCGAGAAGUUUCACCAUAUCUGUGGUCAUUCUGCAAGGGGCCCCACACACAGGCCCGACUUCGUAACUUACAACAAGUCCCCACUAUGGCCGCGACGAUGCAAGAGGUGAAAGUUUCCGAUUCCAAAUCUGCUGAACAACAGCACGAAGCAGACACGGGGAACUAUACUGCCGAUGGACAUCCACAUAGAGACAGUUCAUUGGCAUCACUUAGUUCCCGGCCACCAAAUUUGCGACUUGGGAUGGGACUGCCCAUGAGCAGAGUUUAUGCGGAGUACUGGGCUGGCAGUCUGGAGCUACAUAGCCUAGAAGGCUAUGGAGUCGAUGCAUUCCUACAGAUAUCGAAACUUGGGAAUAAGAAUGAGCAGUUGACCAUGAGAGCUUCAAUAGAUGCUGUUUGA